UAUCUUUUUCCCACGGCUGUGAAUAUUGAUGCUUACAACAGUUUUGUGGACAUUACUGUUUCCCUUAAUCUCAGAAUUUCCUAAACAAGCUUCUGUUAGAAUCUCCUCUUAACUCUAAACUCGACUGUAGCAGAAUCCCAGGUUGAGGGCUUCAGGGGUUUUUAGUUCCAAGAAGUUAUCAAGAUGGAGGGAAAAGUUCGGUCUGCUUUGUGUUUGUGGGUGUUGACAUGCUUGAUCCUUGCUGAUUCCUCUAAUGGGUUGCUGAGAAUUGGUUUGAAGAAGCGUCACCUUGAUCUUCAUGGUAUAAACGCGGCCAGGGUGGCAAGAAGGGAAGGAAUUAUGGCCAAUCAUUUAAGCAGUGUGGAUGAAGCUCUAGUGCCUUUGAAGAACUAUCUGGAUGCUCAGUACUUCGGAGAGAUCGGUAUUGGCUCACCACCACAAAAUUUCACUGUCAUAUUUGAUACUGGCAGCUCCAAUCUGUGGGUUCCUUCUUCAAAAUGCUAUUUCUCUAUUGCGUGCUAUUUCCAUUCUCGGUACAAAUCAAGCAAGUCUAGUACAUAUACAAAGAAUGGAAAAACUUGUGAAAUAAGUUAUGGAUCUGGAUCCAUUUCUGGUUUCUUCAGUCAAGACAAUGUUGAAGUUGGGGAGCUUGUUGUUAAGGAUCAAGUUUUCAUUGAGGCUACACGAGAAGGAAGUCUUAGUUUUAUAUUAGCAAAAUUCGAUGGAAUACUUGGACUUGGAUUCCAGGAGAUUUCAGUCGGCGAUGCUGUACCAGUAUGGUACAAUAUGGUCCAACAGGGCCUUGUAAGUGAGGAGGUCUUCUCAUUCUGGCUCAAUAGAGAUCCUGAGUCCUCAGAGGGUGGUGAGAUUGUUUUUGGUGGUGUUGAUUCAAAGCACUAUAAGGGGAAUCAUACUUACGUUCCUGUUACUCGGAAGGGUUAUUGGCAGUUCACUAUGGGAGAUCUUCUCAUUGGUGGCCAUUCAACAGGUGUUUGUGAGGGGGGUUGUGCUGCUAUUGUGGAUUCGGGAACAUCCUUGCUUGCAGGGCCAACGCCUGUUGUGACUGAAAUCAAUCAUGCCAUUGGAGCAGAAGGUAUUGUCAGUGCAGAAUGUAAGGAGGUUGUUUCUGAGUAUGGAGACUUGAUAUGGGAUCUAUUAGUGUCAGGGGUUCUACCUGACAAAGUAUGUGCACAACUUGGUUUAUGUUUCUUCAAUGGGAAUCACUCUGUGAGUAUUAGCAUCGAACAAGUGGUUGAAAAGGAAAAUAUGGAUGGUGUAUCAACUGCAGAUAGUGCUCUCUGCUGUGCUUGUGAAAUGAUGGUUAUUUGGAUCCAGAAUCAGCUAAAACAACAGAGAACAAAGGAGAAAGUACUCAACUAUGUGAAUGAGCUCUGUGAGAGCCUACCAAGUCCAAUGGGAGAAUCAGCCAUCGACUGUGACAGCUUGGGAAACAUGCCAAAUAUCACAUUCACCAUUGGCGAUAAACCUUUCAAACUCACUCCAGAACAGUACAUUCUGAAAACUGGUGAUGGAUUUGCUGAAGUCUGCAUCAGUGGUUUCAUGGCAUUGGAUGUACCUCCUCCAAGGGGUCCUCUGUGGAUCCUGGGAGAUGUAUUCAUGGGGGUGUAUCACACUGUCUUCGACUAUGGUAAUCUGCAAAUUGGUUUUGCUGAGGCUGCUUAGCUGCCAACUGUCAGGUUUAUUAGGCAUGGUAAUCAUCACACUUACUUUCAGCAAGAACAAAAAGUACUCUAGACUUCAUAUAUGACUGUUAAUAAUCAAUACUGUUGAUAUUAUGACAUGUAUAUGUAAUUAUAUAUGAAUCCAAUUCUGAACUCAAAGUGAUAUAUAUAUAUUUGUAUUAGUUAUUUGAAUCUCAAUAUCCAUGGUAUUUUCUCCUAAUUGAAGUAUCUUUUUGGGCUUA